UUUGCAACAUCAUGUUGCUUAAUUUUGUAGAAGAAGAAGACGAUUCAUUUAAAUAAUUUGGAUUUUACUUGAAAAAACUGAAAUGGACAGCAGCUGUGAUCCAAGAAGUAGCUCCCAUGGUGCUAUCAGCAAGAGAUCUUGCAGUAAUUUGAAUGAUGAUUUUGAUGAUGAUAAAGAUUUUAGCAAUUUGGAAAGAGAGAUUUUUCAUGGAAGCAACCCAAAGAAAAAAAAAUCAAACCAAAAUGAAGAUGAAGAAAAAUUGAGACAUUCUUCCAAUGAGGAUCAUUAUGGAUUGCCUGAAAUGAAAAUGUUCAAUCCUUGGAUGGAUGAAGUGGAAAAUGAAGAAAAUAGUACUACAAAAAAAGAAAAAUAUGACCCUUCAUAUGAUGAUUGUAAAUCUAUAAUAACUAUAAAAGAAGAACCUUUGGAUAUGGACAUUAGUGAUAAUGAAGUAAAUAAUUCAAAUAUUCAGAGCUAUGAGCAAAAUCAGUCAUUCUUAGGUUCAAAUAAUAAUAAUUUUGAUUUUAAUAAUAGUGUAACCUUAAACACUACUAAUACACAAAGUUUACUUUCUUUUGGGGGUUAUGGAAUACCUUUAAUGCAAAAUUAUUGUUAUGAACCUUCAGAUGAGACUAAACCACCACCACUUCCAUCACCCCCACCCCCAGCGCCACCCCCGCCACCUCCACCAGCAGAAACAACACAAAAUGAAGUAUUACCAACUGCUGUUAAAGAAGCGCCAAAACAGAAAAAAGAAAAUCCACUGGGUGAUGGAAACAAAGCAAAAGAACUAAACAAGGAUUCAAAAUGCCAAAAAAUGAUUUUAGACCGGGAAAAAGUAACCAAAGAACCAAUAGUUCCAACCAUAAAAGAAGUCAGCAAAGAGAGCCAAUCGGCAGAGGCCGCCACUGUUGCAAGGCAAUCCGCGCAACUCCGACGCGGCGUUGCCACAUCGGCAGCAAACGUAGCCAACUACGGUUUGAAUUCCAAUAACAUCACCCUGGGCAGACAUUCCGUGCCAAUAUCAUUGCUGAAGGCGUACCAAGGAACGCCGCAUUCCAUUCGGGUGCAAAAUGACAACGUCUUCCUACCGACAGCGUCUGGACUGUGUUGGAGGUGUGGACGGCCCGGUCACGCGCGGGGAAAGUGCCCUGCGGAAAAUAAACAUAUACAGUUUUGUAGUAGGUGCGGUCUUUUAGGGGUUAAAUCCUCGGCCUGCUGCAAUAAACCUGCUACCGCCCCCUUUUCCGACCCGUUUACCCCCGCCGAAGGCUACGUCGACAAGAGGCGGGCGUUUAAACAGAAAGCCCCCCUAAACGCGAGAAGGCCGCCCCCUAACCUACCAAAGUUUUGUUGGAACUGCGGGGUCUGCGUGACCGCCAUAUUCGACUAGUUGAAGUCGGUGUUAUUUAUUUUAUUUUAUUGUUGAAGAAUGACAUUGUUUAUUUUAAAAGGAUUUUAGUUUUUGUUACAAGAGGUCCUCGUUUAUUUUUCAUAUCCGUAAGGAUAUAGCCGUUUUGUUUAACAAAAGAAGAAAUUUUUUUUUUUAAUAAAGUUAUUUUAUUUUUCCCGUUUAUCUACCCGUUGCCGC